UUUAAUUACCACUAUUACGGAAUAAUUUGUUUUUAGGGUUGCAGGUUGCGAUUUAGAGAGAGAAAAAGAGAAAGAGAGAGGUGAUCCAAUGGCGCCUAGGGUUGCACUGAAGGUGAAAGACAAGACGACGAAGGGUUCAAAGCCAUCGGAAGAACAAUCCGCAGCCAGGUGCGUGAAGGAAUGGAGCACGUGGGCUGUGAAGAAGGCCAAAGUCAUUACCCACUACGGUUUCAUCCCACUGGUGAUCAUUAUCGGCAUGAACUCCGAGCCAAAACCCUCAAUUUUUCAGCUCCUUAGCCCCGUAUGAUCUGGUUACUGCAACACCCAAAUCGCUAAUGUUGAUUUUUGAGUCAAUUCCUGUGUGGGUCGGUGUUUAUUCGUCGAAUUUUCUUGCAAUCUGAUUUGGGUUUUUUUUUUUUUUCCUAGUAGUUCGAUCUAUUUUCCAAUCGACGGAUCGUUUUAUUAUGUGUUUUCCUUGGGAAAUACAUAUAUAAUAUAACACAGUUUUUUUUUUCUUUGUUAAUUUUAUUUUAUCAUAUUAUCUGGAAAUUGCAUUCUCUUAUUUUAUUGAUCAAUGUUGUGAUGCUGAUUGAUAUGUCUUUUUUAUUGUU